AUGUCUGUCGUUUCGCUGGCUGACGCAGCUGCAUCGAAGGUCACCCGAGAAGACCUGAUCAGUGCAGCGGAAGCCACGGGAUUUUCGAUCAAGGACGAACAGGAUGAACAGGACUACCUUGUCCUUCUUCAGAGCGCUGAUGCUAUCAUCGAGGGCAUAGAAGCCGAGGAAGACUACAUACCUCCCCAACUUCAGCCCGUGGAGACCACCCAGGAGAGAACAUUCUGGCGGCCGAAUCCAGAAGACAAUCCUCUGAAUGCUUGGAGUCAUCGAGCAGAACUGCAGGCAAAGAGACCAGUGACAAACCUGCUCCAGGGUCGAGGCAUCGCACUCAAAGACAACGUAUGCGUUGCAGGACUGCCCACAACACUCGGGACUUUUGCCGAGCUACUUUCAAAAGAUGGCAAGUACCCUAUCUCGGCCAUCGAUGCGACGGUCGUGCGACGAUUACUUGAAGCUGGGGCCACAGUGAAAGGCACAGCAGUCUGUGAGAAUUACUCUGCAUGUCCGCUAUCAUACAGUGCAUCGACAGGGCCAAUCCACCAACCCUGGUGCAAGGGCUACUGCGGAGGUGGCAGCUCUAGUGGUUGUUCAAUCCUGGUGGCUGCGGCAGGCUUGGCUAAGGGAACAGGCAAUCACGGCGAAGUGGUUGACCUAGCCAUUGGCGGUGAUCAGGGUGGCAGUAUCAGACUUCCGGCUGCAUUUGCGGGCUGUUAUGGGCUGAAACCCACCCAUGGCCUAGUCCCGUACACCGGCAUCGCUGCACUGGCUCCUAUGAUGGAUCACGUUGGACCAAUGGCCACAUCGGUGCUUGACGUCGCGAAGGUUCUGCAAGUUAUUGCAGGCUACGAUGGUCUCGACGCCCGUAUGACCGCCGAAGCUCCUCUACGGGAUCAAGUCAAGGACUACCCGAAACUUAUCCAGGAUUUCCUCGAGCUGCCAGAAGCAGGAAGACAAUCAAAACCUCUGAGGAUAGGGCUAUUACAGGAAGGCUUCACCACGUACGGCAUGACAGAGAGCGUUCGAGACACAGUCAAAGCUGCUGCGACCAAGUUCUUCUCCGCGGCAGGCGCUGAAGUAGUCGAAGUAUCUGUCCCGAUGCACAAACUAGGUGCGCACGUCUGGACGGCUAGUACGCGCGCCAGCUUGUCGGAUUUCGGUUUCCUCGGACACAUGGCCGGCUAUCUCACGUUCGCACCUCCUCAUCUGCAGCCGCGGCGGCCUCUGGAUCAGGAAUGGUACGAGCUCCUCACGGCAACCAAUCCAUCAGCUGUCAACGUUGCAAUCGCUGGCAGCCAUCUCAAGAAGAAGUUUGGGCCUCACCCUGAAGCAAAAGCCCAUCGCCAGGUCUUCAAGUUGCGGGCAGCGUACGAUCAUGCCCUCGAAUCUGUUGACAUACUGGUGACGCCCACGACAUCGUCAGUUGCAAUGCCACAUCCUAAGCUGAAAUUCAUCGACGGAGAUCCGGCAUCAUCUGUAAUGGACAAGUUAAAGAUGAGUAUCGGUAGCUCAACCAACACUUGCCCGUUCAAUGUCACCGGGCACCCAGCAUUGAGCGUGCCGUGUGGCUUCGCAGCGCCGGAAGACAAGAGCACAGAUGUCAAGUUCCCGAUUGGCAUGCAGCUAAUCGCACGUCGCUGGGACGAAGAGACGCUACUUAAGGCCGCAGCACUGUUCGAACGGGAAAUAUUGGGCAGCGGUGAAUUGCUCGGCUCUGCCGACCGAAAGCAGUAA